AUGCAUCAAAACAGGAUCUGUAACGGGCUAUAUUAGUCGCCCAAACUCCACACGUAGGCUAUCAACUGCAAGGAACAACAUGGCCGGACCUAGCUGCAUAUUGGCUAUCCCGUUGCUCGCUGCCGUAGUUUUCGCAAGCAUUCCAAAAGAACCAGUAAAUCCUUGUGCCACGGUCCAUUGUAAAGUAGGAACUGUCUGCAAAGUUAAUUGUGCCAGGGCGCCAUGUUCGGGGAUUCCGAGAUGUGUUCCAACAAAUAAACCAGGAUCAUGCCCAGUGCCGAAGCCCGGUCAAAUCGGUGUCUGUAUAGCGCUAUGCACCAAUGACGCUGACUGUGAUGGCGACCAGAAGUGUUGCGGAGGCUGCCCCAGAGAAUGUACUCCCCCGGCCCCUCCGAUAGACAAACCAGGCACCUGCCCUCCAAUUGCAACACCCUACGGAUACCGACAGGGCUAUUGUAAGCAACAACACCAGUGCAACAAGGACUUUGACUGCGGCGGUAAAUUCAAGUGCUGUGGGUCUUGCCCGCGGAGAUGUGUCAGUCCAUUCCUUUAUUACACCAGAGGAUGAAGUGCUGUAAAAUAAACUUAAUGCAGUCAAAUGUGA